AUGCCGUUUAUCUCUCUUCUCUUUGGAACAUCCUUUCCCGAAGCAGGUAAAGCUGGGUCUACUUCAGAAGCUCCGAAGCCAUCCAAACGGGGCUCUUCACGCCGAUUCGUUAGCGACCCGUCUCCACGCCUCGAUCCUGUUAGUUUCGGAUUGAAGUUCAAUUCUACUUUGGGAUUGAAUUCUAGAGUACAAGGUCAAGGUGAUAAGUUAAAGCGGUUUAGAGUAUAUACCUGUUUCGGAUGUAGAGAGGUUCAGAUCCUUACUCAAGGACUCUAUGCACCCAAAGCAGAUAGAGCGAACUCUGAACAGAAUACUAGGGUCAUAUUUGACCAGUCUGAGGCACACUCAGAUUAUCUUUACCUUUUAUAUGGUAUAUUCUUUGCCUUUGUUGGUAGCCCACUCGAGCCACUGAUUGGAAGCCAGAUAAACGACCUGAUUGUUCCGGGUAACAUAGCCGAUCUUCUCAUGGGUGUAGGUCUAGCAUAUUGGAUUGGCGACCCAGGGUGGCUUGCUCAUUCACACCAACGCGUUCACGAAGGAAGAGGUGGAGCUAAGCGAGAGCUACCCAAAGUGCGGGAGCUUGUAGUAUCCUAUAUGCCCCCUUCGAUGGCUUAUAAGCCACAAGAUUUGCAGGCCUUGGGGCCCGUAAGGCCACCUUUAGCCCCUAGCAUGAAUAAGAGGCCCCAGUUAAUAAGGUUGUGGGAGGGGGUUGGAGUCUGUUCUUAUUUACUUAUAAGCUAUUGGUUUACCCGAGUUCAAGCUACUAAAUCGGCUCUCCAAGCCAUAAUAAUGAAUCGAAUUGGGGAUUGGGGAUUAAUGUUAGCCUUAUUCGGCAUAUUCUGGGUCACUGGUUCUCUAGAGUUUUCAACUCUGUUCACCAUUGCACCUUUAAUUGAUCCAGGUGUCAUUUCUCUAAUAGGAAUUGGGUUACUGGUCGGAGCUAUGGCGAAAAGUGCUCAAAUUGGCUUGCACACUUGGCUUCCUCAGGCCAUGGAGGGUGAGAAAGGGCAAGUUCUCUUCUCAAGAAGCCGGGGGCCCCCUAACCCUGAUAAGACCGGUAAAGCUCCUACUCAAUAUUGGCCUACCUCUUCUGGCCUUGACCAAUCUCCAUACCAGUGUCCAUUGGCUGAUGCUCAGGGGAUAAGGGUUCAAAUUAGAGUGUUAGAGGUUACCGUUUCUGAUGUUCGAACUACAGCCCUUGUCAGAUGGGCUCUUAUUUGGGGCUUUGGCCCCCGGGCCUCCAAGGAGCCCCCGGCUUCAGAGGCCGGCCCCCCUUUACCCCCCGCCCCACGAGGGGGAUGGUUAUAUAGGCAGAACCCGUCCCACUUGGAACGCCAUAUUUCCUUUUCAACUCUCAUUAAAAAGGUUCCCUUAUUUUUGGCAAGUGUUCUCUCUCCUAUGUCACUUCUGUCAAUCUUUUGCUUGAUCAUUUAUGUUAAUGGUGUAAAGCUAGUUCCUUUUCAACUUGUUUGGGAUUAUCGUAAUGUUGUUGGCCUUGCUCAUUGGAUUUGCAAUGAUGUUAAAUGGGAGACGGGUAUUGGGAUAGCGCUGGGGGGCACGGUUGUUAUCUGCACCGAUAACUCACGAAGAGGUAUUGCUCUUGAUUCUUGUACUUCAAGAGAAAUUUGGGCUAAUGGCUACACCUCAGCGUCGGUUAUCUUCCGGGGGAUUGCUCUGUUAUCAAUCGUAUCCGAUUUAGUAACUGCAAACCUGGAGCGCCUUCGAUCACUCGUUCUUCCGUUUCCUGAGAUGGUGUACAAAUUAGGGGGAUUCAUAGAUCGCAAGAUCCAUGGUAACUUCAUUUUGCCUACUCCUGUUUCUGCCCUUCUCCAUGCAGCAACGAUGGUAGUAGCAGGAGUCUUCUUAUUUCUCCGGGUCUCUCCCUUGUUAGAGUUAUCUGACUCGGCUCUCCUCCUUCUUAUUUGGAUCGGAUCUGUAACGGCUCUUAUGGCGGGUAGCACCGGCCUAUUCCAAAACGAUCUUAAACGAGUUAUUGCUUACUCAACAUGUAGCCAAUUAGGAAUGCUUAUGGAACAAUCAGCAGGAAACCAACAUGACUUAUUACCUGGAUAUCUUGAUAUGGAUAGGUGCACCGCUCUAUAUAUGUUCCAAGUACCCAUUUCCCUUUUCAGAUCUUACGUAUCACCCAGUGCGAAGAUAGAGAUUCCUGAGAACUUGCCUGGUUCAUUUACAGAGAUUAUGACUGGGUUAAUGGUUGGAGAUGGAUCUCUUAGAAUGCAUGGUAAUCACGCCUUAUUAUCCGUACAGCAGAAGCAUCAAGAAUUCGUAGCUUAUUUAUGGGAUAUCUAUGGCCUAUUUCCAAACCUUCACUCUACCUUUUUGUUACUAAACUCUACAACAUUUGGUACAAUGUAUUGGGUUGCUGGUGAUGGUUCCUAUGAUAAACCUAAGGGUGGAAGAAUAAGCUUAUGUACAGACAACUUUACUUUAGAUGAAGUUAAUAAGCUUAUUCCUAUCCUAUUGGACAAGUUCAGUGCGUUGCUCUUUCUAUCCGCUGGGGCUGUUAUUCAUGCUCUUCAAGAUGAGCAGGACCUACGUAAAUAUGGGGGAUUGCUCUCACUCUUACCUUUCUGUUAUAUACUGAUGUUAAUUGGGUCAUUUAGCUUAAUGGCUCUUCCAUUCCUCACAGGAUUUUACUCAAAGGAGUUGAUUCUUUCCUCAACUUAUGGACACUACUCAUUCAGCGGGGCUGGAGCAUACUGGCUCUCUACUGUAGCAGCUGCAUUUACAGCGGGUUACUCUAUUCGCUCACUAUACUUAACCUUUUUAACCAAACCCAAUGGACCUAAGGUUAAUUACAUGGGUACUCACGAACCUUCUCUAGUUAUGGCUCUACCAUUGUUCAUCUUGGCUGUCUUUAGCCUCUUCUUCGGGUUUAUAGGUCAAGAAGCAUUUAUAGGGGUCGGCUCAGGCUUCUUCACUAAUGCCCUAUUUCAGCACCCUAAUCAUGUUAUUGAAGCGGAAUUCUCU